UGAACGAGAGGCGUGGCCUCCACGCCCUAGUGGACAUCUCCGUUAUUCCUUUUUUUUUUCGUUCUUUCUUCAAAUCUUUCUCUUCUGUCUCGUUUCUGAAAUUUUUUUUCUCAUUGUUCAUCUUCAAUUUCUGAUAAUCGUACGUUGGUGUGAUCUGAUCUAUCUAAAGAUUAUAUAUCUCUUCAAAUCUCCCAGAAGAUUUGUCUCGCAUUUUGUAGUAUUUCUUUUUUAUGAAGUUGUGUUUGUGAGAAACCCUGACCAAUGAUGGAUGAUGAUAAAGUUUCCAAUGACCUCUGUUUACUCCCUGAUCUCAAUGUCCAUAAUGUACAUACCUCGACGCCUUUUGGUAGUAUCGUAUUCGAUUCAUCCAUUUGUGAUCUCCUAAACUUGGAAGAUGCUGGAGAUACGCCAAAUCUUAUACCGGAACAUAACCCGUUUUUUGAUUCUGUGGAUGGACAUCAAGAAGCAGAGUCGUCUCCGAAGGUGUACAUUGCACCAAGAGUCAUGAUAAACCAUCAAGAUUCGUUUUCGCUAGAUUCUCGAGUAGAUGACUAUAUCGAAGACGCAAGGAUUUUGCCUGGCUCACCUGGAGGAAUUCAAGAUCUUGACCUCACACGUCUUAGAGUUCCUGGCUCACCAAGAGCUUUUGUGCAUCCGAGAUCUUCUGGAUCUCCGCGUUUCGGGUCACCAACAAGUCCUAUCUUGAUCGAUACCGCCGCACCGUUUGAAUCGGUUAAGGAAGCAGUUUCCAAGUUUGGUGGGAUCACAGACUGGAAAGCACAUAAAAUCCAGACAAUUGAGAGACGGAAGACAGUGGAUCAAGAGCUUGAGAAGAUACAAGAAGAUAUGCCUGAGUACAAGAAACAAGCGGUUGUAGCGGAAGAGGUGAAGCAGCAGGUGGUGAUGGAGCUUGAAAGGACAAGGAGUGUUGUCCAAGAGCUAAAACUUGAGCUAGAAAAGGCUGAAAAAGAAGAGCAACAAGCGAGACAAGACUCUGAUCUUGCAAAGCUGCGAGUGGAGGAAAUGGAGCAAGGGAUAGCUGAUGAGUCGAGUGUUGCAUCAAAAGCUCAGCUCGAGGUGGCUAAAGCGAGGCAUUUCUCAGCGGUUUCUGAGCUAGGAUCUUUAAAAGAAGAGAUAGAUAUAAUGUCUAAGGAGUAUGAAUCUCUGUUGAGGGAAAAAGAUUCCGCUGCGAAAAGAGCUGUGGAUUCAGUUUCGGAAGCUAAAGAUGUAGAGAGGAAAAUGGAAGGUUUGACGAUAGAGGUACUUGCCACUAAGGAGUUGCUGGAGUCAGCACAUGCGGCUCAUCUUGAAGCACAAGAAAAGAAAUUCGAUGCAGCCAUGGCCAGGGACCAAGACGUUUAUAAUCAGGAGAAGGAACUCAAAAUGGUUGAAGAAGAGAUUGAGAGGGUUAGACAACAGAUUGAUGCAGCGGACGAUGUGAAAACAAAACUACAGACUGCUUCUUUACUUCAGCAAGAUUUGAGAGCCGAAAUAGCGGCUUACAAAGACUCGAACAUGGGAAAGAGAAACAACAGUGAGAUACAAGCAGCUGUUGAUUCCGCGAGGAAUGAGCUUGAAGAAGUUAGAUCAAACAUUGAGAAAGCAAACUCCGAGGUUUUUACGUUGAAGAUAAUUGUUGGAUCAUUGCAGUCAGAACUCGAAAGGGAGAAGAGAGAUUUAUCAGAUUCUAAACAGAGGAACAGCGAAGAAUCAAGAGAGGAGAGAUGCACAGAAAUAGCCAAGAAGUUGCAAGAAGCGACGAGAGAGGCAGAGGAGGCAAAGUCACUUGCCGUAGCCGCUCGAGAGGAGCUGAGAAAGGCCAAGGAAGAGUCGGAAAAAGCGAAAACAGGAUUCUCUGCAAUAGAGAGUCAGUUAAUCGAGGCGAAAAAGGAAAUGGAAGCUGCUAGAGCUUCAGAAAAGUUGGCCUUAGCUGCAAUAAAAGCGUUGCAAGAGACUGAAUGUGCUAACAAAAUCGAAGACAUUAGUAGUUCACCAAGAAGCAUAAUCAUUUCAGUUGAGGAAUAUUACGAGCUAAGCAAGCAGGCACAUGAGGUAGAAGAGGCAGCCAACAGGAAACUAGCGGAGAUCGUCUCCAAGAUCGAGGUGGCUAAGGAAGAAGAAUCAAGAAUCUUGGAAAAUCUUGAGGAAGUGAGUAGAGAAACAGCUAUAAGAAAAGUAGAGCUGCAAGAUGCAAUGGGGAAAGUUGAGAAAGCUAGAGAUGGGAAGGUUGUUAUGGAUCAUGAGUUGCGAAAAUGGAGGUCGGAAAAUGGGAAUAGGAGUCCCGAGGGGGGGAAUAAGGAGAACUUAAGCAAGUCGAAGUCAGCUUUACAUAAACCAACAUCAUUUGUAAUUGGUGAACAAGGAAGCAGUAGUAGUAAUGUGACGACUCCUGAAACAAAAAAGAAAAAGAAAAGAUUCUCUUUGAUGCCAAAGGUCUUCAUGUUCUUGUCAAGGAAGAAGUCUCCCAACAAGUGAGUUUCUUACAGGUAGGUUUUACUGUCCUUUUUUUAACAUGUUCUAUUUUGUAUGUCGUUAUGGAAAUGGGAAACAGAGUAUCUGAAUUGAGAGAGAACAGUGAACUUGUGUAAGUGUUUGUUGGUUAGACCAGAUUUGUUGUACUCUUAAAUGAAAUAAAGGUAUUGAUACACUUGUCGA